AGUGUGAAGUAUAAAUCCUGGGGUUAAAACUAAGUGGUGGGAGACUUUCCUGCCCCUCCACGUUUCUCGCCCACCUUCCAAGCUCUGGAGGGGCUGAGAGUUAAUUCUGGGGGUGCCGUUUCUGCAGAGCCCCCAGGGGUAGCAGUGAGAGGCAAGACAGAGGUGGAGGAUGGGAUGGAGACGCACAUCUGCCGCCUGGAUGGCUUCUACCCCAGGGAGAUCGAUGCCUUCUGGACGAGGGAUGGGGAGGUCUGGCAGAAGAAGACCUUACAUGCGCCUGUGGCCCCCAACGCGGAUGGGACCUACCACUACUGGCUCAGCAUCCGGAUCGACCCCAAAGAGAGGAGCCGCUAUCGGUGCCACGUAGAGCACAACGGCCUGCAGGAGCCUCUGGACCUGGACCUGGAAGGUGAGAGGCUGCAGGGAGGGGAAGGCUGGGCUCUUUGGCAGGCUGGGAGGUGGUGGGAGAGGAAUCUGGCCCCAGGUGUGUCCAGGUGUGAGCAUACCUGAGCUUUCAUCCAUUGG